GUUUCCAGGGUUGGGACCUUUCAGAAGCAGAUCGCCAGCCCUGUCUUCCGAAGAGCCUCUGGGUGGGUUUGAACCUCCAGCGUUUCUGUUAGUAGCUGAGUGCUGAACCCUUUGUGCCAGCCAGGAACUCCUUGUUCUUCUUUGAAGCGUGUGUUUAAUCUGUGGAUGGUUCUAGAAGCAUUUGGGAAAGUAUUUGCACAUAACCUCUGUUUCUUAGGAGUCACUGCCGUGUAGACCUGCUCCGUCCACACCUCCAUAUGUCGUAAAUUGAAUUCCCCAUGGAAGGUGAAUUUGCUCGCUGCACAUCAGCCCACAGCUGUGUACGAUGGUGUUCUCACCAUGAUCACUGCACAGAUGAUACCGAAAGGUUCAUUUUAUGUACAGCCAGCAUUAUCAGGGAAAAAAAAAAAAAAUUAGACUGUUGUCGUUGUGUGCUAUCGAAUAGGUUCCAACUCAGAGAGUCAAUUAGAUUAGUAGGAAUCAAAUUAUGAUUUUCAUAGUUACCAAAGGUAAAUAAAGUUUGAUUUCAGUUUCACCAUGACCUGUGUAGUCUCCAAUACCACUGUGGGUCUCAAGGCCACAUACGAUGUCCAGGUGGGCACAGGUUCAGACUUCCCUUCCAAUUUGUUUCAUUUUCCCCCAGUUCGGUCCUGUGUCUUCUGAGCAACCAAGGCACCAUGCCUUCUGUUUUUCUUUUCAACAGAAAGAAAUGGAUUCUACUGGUCUUGGACACGCAAUUCACAGACCUUGGAGGCUCAGUCCUGAGGAAAGAGAGAUUAUCACCAAUUUCUAGAUCGACAAGCCAAGGAGGAGGCAAGCGUGGGCUGCCCUCAGCCUGGCAGAAGCAUCAGCCCUGCCUGGGACCAGGUGGUGGCCAGGGCGAUGGUGGGAGCCCUGAAGAUGCCCCAUGGCUACUGAGGGGGCGGCGGGCAUGGUGUGCAGCCUGUGGGUCCUGGCCCUGGUGUCCUCGGCUCUGGCCCUGGAAGAGGUAUUGCUGGACACCACGGGGGAGACGUCGGAGAUUGGCUGGCUCACCUACCCGCCAGGUGGGUGGGACGAGGUGAGUGUCCUGGACGACCAGCGGCGCCUGACCCGCACCUUCGAGGCUUGCCACGUGGCACGGGCUGCAGGCUCCGGGCAGGACAACUGGCUGCAGACGCACUUCGUGGAGCGGCGCGGAGCGCACCGUGUGCACGUCCGUCUGCACUUCUCGGUGCGCGCCUGCGCCAGCCUGGCGGUGGGCGGCGGCGGAGCCUGCCGAGAGACUUUCACCCUCUACUACCGCCAGGCCGACCGCCCAGACGGCCCCGCAGCCGCCGCGUCCUGGCACCGCCAGCACUGGACAAAGGUGGACACUAUCGCAGCGGAUGAGAGCUUCCCCGCGGCCGCUGCCUCCUCGACUUGGGCUGUGGGGCCGCGCGCGGGGCUGCAGCUCAACGUCAAGGAGCGCAGCUUCGGACCGCUCACACAGCGCGGCUUCUACGUGGCCUUCCAGGACACCGGGGCCUGCCUGGCCCUGGUGGCCGUCCGGCUCUUCUCCUACGCCUGCCCGGCCACACUUCACUCUCUUGCCUCGUUUCCUGAGACACAGGCCAGCGGGGCUGGGGGCGCCUCCCUGGUGGCCGCCAUGGGCACCUGUGUGGCCCAUGCAGAGCCAGAGGAGGAUGGAAUGGGGGGCCAGGCAGGGGGCAGUCCCCCCAGGUUGCACUGCAACGGGGAGGGCAAGUGGAUGGUGGCCGUGGGUGGCUGCCGCUGCCAGCCGGGACACCAGCCUGCCCACGGGGACAAGGCCUGCCAAGCCUGCCCCACGGGAUCCUAUAAGUCCUCUACAGGGAACGGGCCCUGCUCUCGGUGCCCUCCCCGCAGCCACGCCCCGGACCCUGCGGCACCCGUGUGCCCCUGCCUCCUGGGCUUCUACCGGGCCGGCUCCGACCCCCCAGAGGCCCCCUGCACCGGUCCCCCCUCGGCGCCCCGCGAACUCUGGUUCGAGGUUCAGGGCUCCGCACUCAUGCUGCACUGGCGCCUGCCCUUGGAGCUGGGGGGCCGCGGGGACCUGCUCUUCAACGUCGUGUGCAAGGAGUGCCCCGGCCCCCGGGAGCCCGACGGGGGCGCCUGUCGCCGUUGCAGGGACGAGGUGUACUUCGACCCCCGCCAGAGGGGCCUGACUGAGAGCCGAGUGCUGGUCGGAGGCCUCCGGGCGCACGUGCCCUACAUUCUGGAGGUGCAGGCGGUCAACGGCGUGUCUGAACUCAGCCCUGAUCCUCCGCCCACCGCUACCAUCAACGUCAGCACCAGCCAUGAAGUCCCCUCUGCAGUCCCUGUGGUGCACCAGGUGAGCCGAGCUUCCGAUAGCAUCACCGUGUCCUGGCCGCAGCCCGAGCAGGCCAACGGGGACAUCCUGGACUACCAGCUCCGCUACUAUGACCAGGCCGAAGAUGAGUCCCACUCCUUCACUCUGACCAGCGAGACCAACACUGCCACGGUGACGCAGCUGAGCCCCGGCCACGUCUACGGCUUCCAGGUGCGCGCCCGCACCGCCGCCGGACACGGCCCUUACGGUGGAAAGGCCUACUUCCAGACGCUGCCUCUAGGUGUGCUGUCCGCCCAGCUCCCCGAGAGGUUCUCCCUGGUGGUGGGCUCCGUCCUGGGGGCCUUGGCUUUCCUCCUGCUGGGGGCCAUCUCGGUGUUGGCCCUUGUCUUCCGGAGGAAGCAGCGUGGGACAGGCUACACAGAACGACUGCAGCAGCAUAGCAGCCCAGGGCUCGGGGUGAAGUAUUACAUUGACCCCUCCACAUAUGAAGACCCCUGCCAGGCCAUCCGGGAGCUUGCCCGGGAGGUGGACCCUGCGUACAUCAAGCUGGAGGAGAUUAUCGGUGCAGGCUCCUUUGGAGAGGUGCGCCGGGGCCGGCUGCAGCCCCGGGGCCGGCGGGAGCAGGCUGUGGCUAUCCAGGCCCUGUGGGCCGGGGGUCCCGAGAGCCUGCAGAUGGCCUUCCUGGGCCGGGCAGCUGUGCUGGGUCAGUUCCAGCAUCCCAACAUCCUGCGGCUGGAGGGCGUGGUCACUCGGAGUCGGCCGCUCAUGGUGCUGACUGAGCUCAUGGAGCUGGGCCCCCUGGACAGCUUCCUCAGGCAGCGGGAAGGCCAGUUCAGCAGCCUGCAGCUGGUGGCCAUGCAGCGGGGUGUGGCUGCAGCCCUGCAGCACUUGGCCAGCUUUGCCUUCGUGCACCGCGCUCUAUCUGCUCACAGUGUGCUGGUCAACAGCCAUCUGGUAUGCAAGGUGGCACGCCUUGGCCAUGCUCCUCAGGGCCCAGGCUGCAUGCUCCGCUGGGCGGCCCCUGAGGUCAUUGCACACGGAAAACACACCACAUUCAGUGACGUCUGGAGCUUUGGGAUUGUGAUGUGGGAGGUGAUGAGCUAUGGAGAGCGGCCCUACUGGGACAUGAGCGACCAGGAGGUACUAAAUGCAGUAGAGCAGGAGUUCCGGCUGCCUCCACCCCCAGGCUGUCCUCCUGGGCUGCAUCUGCUUAUGCUGGACACGUGGCAGAAGGACCGUGCCCAGCGACCCCACUUCGACCAGCUGGUGGCUGCGCUGGACAAGAUGAUCCGCAAGCCAGACACUCUGCAGGCUGGCGGGGGCCCCCGGGACAGACCUUCCCAGGCUCUUCUGGAUCCUGUGGCUCUGGACUUCUUGUCCCUGGACUCCCCCCAUGCCUGGCUCUCGGCCAUUGGACUUGAGUGCUACCAGGACAACUUCGCCAGGCUGGGGCUCUGCUCCUUCAGCGACGUGGCCCAGCUCAGCCUCGAGGACCUGCCUGCCCUGGGCGUCACACUGGCCGGCCACCAGAAGAAACUCCUGCACAAUGUCCAGCUCCUGCAGCAGCAUUUGCGGCCGCCGGGUGCCGUGGAGGUCUGAGAACUGGCCAGUCCCUGCCAUGGCUUCCAUGCACAGAGCCCGUCUCUACGGACACUGCCCCCCGCCCUCUGACCCCCUGCCCCGCAUUAAAGGGAAAGAAGGGAUUUUGCA